AUGUCCCAAAUCCUGGCCGGUGUUCCAUUGCAGUUGAAAGAUGGCCGAGAAGUCGACGCCGGAACACAUUUGAACAACAAGGUUUCAUUUAGUCUUUUGGACUAGGGAUACCCCAAGGUAAAAAAAAAUUAAAGGUUGUUUUCUUCUGACCUCUUUGAUGAAAAAUCCACCAAGAUUAAGUCCAACAAAAGAAAAAAAUCGACAGAGUUCUCAAAAACAGCUUCUGUGUUUGGUUCACUUUUAAUCUUCCAUAACUCUAUUAUCAAAUCAGCAGGUCACAUUCUGUUUUUGUACCACCCAUGACAACUUCUUAUUUUCGAUAUUUUAUUGGUUUUCUCUCUUUCACAAAACGGUUUUACUAUCAAACUUCAAAAAAAGGAAAAGUUAAAAAACGGACAAGGUCGAUGCGACAACCUUGAUCUCGGAGUUUUGAGACUUAAUCAAUUUUGCCAUUUUUCAGAUAGUUGUCCUUUACUUCUCCGCCAGUUGGUGCCGUCCGUGUCGGAGCUUCACGCCUCUUUUGAAGGUGAGAACAUGAAGAGGACACUUAAGAGAAAAACCUCAGUAUAAGUUUCAAAUUCAAACUAUGCGCUUCAUUUUCUGAGUUCAAAAGUGGAAAAACUGCGUCAGAGCAACUUUUCGUUACUUUUUGAUUACGUUCCCAGCGACGUUUUGAUAAACGCAUGAUAAGCUCGAUUAUAAACUCUUUCGGAAAUCAUAAAAUCUUGCAACAUUCGCAAAUUGAAAAGUGAUUGGCUGGUCAGACCAUUUCUAAAACUCGAACUGAGAAAUCUGAACAGACAAAUGAAAGAAUCUAUCAAAACGUCUAUACCCCAUUUUCCUCAACUCAAAAAAUUCUAACGUGUCUGUAACCUCUUCUUACUGUGCUUUUUUGUGUCUUUAUGAAGUCCAAGACAAAGAAAUAGAUAUAGACAGUCAGCCUGUUAUAAAUAUGUCAAUUAGUUCGAAAACUUUUUGCGAAAUUGAACAGAGAGCUCCGUCAACGGAUGAAACUUUUUAGGUACUUGAAAAAAAUUAAAUAAUGAUAUAUAAAAAAUGUGCAAGCUCAAUCAAGUGAGCUCACAAAAAACCAACCUUUCUUAGGAGUUUUACGACACGAUGCAGCAUCUGAACAAGGAGAUCGAGGUGGUGCUCGUUUCACGGGACUAUAUGAGGUUCCAGCUCCAAGACUACUACGAGAAGCAUGGCUGCUCCUGGGCAAUCAUGCCUUUGUGGCACGAGAAAGUCAAGUAAGCGCCUGAACUUCAAAUCUGACAUUAAAAAUCGCUCAAAGUUAUAUAAAAAAUAUAUCAAAUCAAAAUAUAAGAAAAAGUCUUAACUAAAAUGAGCAUCAAGAACGGAAGUUAAACGAAAAAUGCUCAAAAGAACCAUAAACAUCUUCAGACUUUUCUCUAAACUAACGCAUUAUCAGUUUUGAAUAAUCCGUAUUUUUGACGUCUUGAUCUACAGAUGUAUGGUGAACUUGCUUAGAACUGGUUGUUAAUAAAACUUUUGAUUUCUUUUCUCGGAAGACUGAACAUCGCGUUGGAGUGCGAUAAGAAGAAUGCGUGACAAACUUUUCAAAAAGAGAAAAUUGAAUGAACAAUAAGUUAUUUAAUUCUCACUUUUAUAAGUUCUUAUUUCGAUUAAAAACUAUCUAAUUGCAUGAUUUUCUUCGGAAUAUAGUAAAAGUCAAUCACGUCUUCAGGGAGCUGUUCGACGUCUACAACGUGAAAGAAUUGCCGACGUGCCGCGUCAUCACCGACGACGGCACUUGUAUCGUCCAGAACGCCCGACAAGAAGUCGAGGUUUCCGAAUCAUCGAGAACCGCGAAAAUCUUAUUUAUCCCAGGAAUUCUCCCACAAACAACGACGACCCGAAGAGCUUUACGCCAAGUGGAGGCAAAUCGCGACGGUCCAUUGCUAG